AUGAGAGUCGACGUUACUCUCUUCGCAUCCGCGUUGGCCUUCUGCACCACGAGUGCCGCCGAGUUGUUCUGCAAAAACCACCCAUCCAGUACACAUUGGCCUUCGGCCGGGGAAUGGGACGCCCUCAACCACACCGUCGGAGGCGGCUUAAUCAGAUCGACGCCUGUCGCCUCGUCUUGCUACAAAGACAGCAAUUUCGCAUCUGUCUUCAGCUGCAAGAACGUGACUGAAAGCUGGUUCUUAUCUGAGUUUCAUGCGCUACAACCCGAGUCAAUUGGGUAUUCUUACUGGGCAAACAACUCGUGUGUCCCUCCCAACGACCAUGGCUAUCGAUCCGGACAAAGCUGUAAGAUUGGCGGUCUGCCUCAAUACGUUCUUGAGGCUACAUCUGCAGCUCAGAUAGCCACCGCUAUGAAAUGGGCCAGCUCACGCAACAUCCGCAUCGUGAUAAAGGGCACAGGACACGAUCUCAAUGGAAGAUCUAGUGGCGCUUAUUCUUUGUCCAUCUGGACACAUCGGCUUCGUGAUAUGAGCUUCCAGUCUGACUGGCCUCAUCCCUUGAAGAGCAUAACCGAGCACGUCGCUGUGGUCGGAAGUGGCAACAACUGGGGAGAUGUGCUCCAGGGGGCUUACUCAGUGGGAAGAACAGUCGUCAGCGGUCAAGAUCCCACGGUUGGUUUAGGCGGAUUCAUCGGAGGCGGUGGGCAUGGUCCUCUAUCCAGUCACCAUGGCCUCGCCGCCGAUCAGGUUCUUCAAGCCACAGUCGUGACUACAGACGGUCGUAUCCUGGUCGCGAAUCCUGCUCUGAACCAAGAUCUUCUCUGGGCCAUUCGCGGUGGCGGCCCUGGCCUGUACGGAGUUGUCGUUGAGUAUGUUUUACGAACUCACCCUUAUCCCAAGAACGUGGUCUGGUCAUCAAUCUCUAUAGACCUUGCAGAAAAUGCGACAGUUGAGGCAGCUACGGCCUCUUGGAAAGCUAUGGCGGUUCUGGUCAGAAGUCUUCCAGGCUUGAUGGAUCUUGGAAUCACCGGAAACGGGUUCGCUUCGACAUCAACAAUCUCAACCAGAGACAGCCACUCAUCCGUUCAAAGGGGCGUCGGACUCAAAAUGACACUAUUUGGCUACAACACCACGACCCUGGCACUGAAAUCUUUGCUUGAGCCAACCAGCCGCAGAAUGAUGACUUACGCUGAUGUUGAAGGCCUCAAAGUUACAAUGAUGGAGCCAAAGAUGGAAUCUGAUUACUUGACCUUUUUCGAUGUGCUAAACCCGAACCCCAGCGCAUGUAGCGAUAUCAGUUUAGUCUCCAGUCGUCUACUCGGCCAUUCCCAGCUCACGGAUCUGUCUUUGGCGGACGUUCAGACACAUCUUUACACCAUCAUGAACUCUCAGGUUGAAGGAGAACCCUCAAACGUGAUUAUUGGUCUCCAAGGCGGACCGGGUCCCAGAGAUGUAUCACACGACAUGCGCGGUGGUCUGAACCCAGCAUGGCGACAGGCCUACCUCCACCUCUUAAGUACCGGUGUCAAACUCAACGUAACCAACCCCAACAUUCAGGGCGAGCUCAGGGUGGCGGCCGAGUGGAUUGAAGAGCACAAGGAAGUUGUGUGGCGUAAGUGGGCGCCCGGUUCCGGCUCCUACAUCAACGAAGCAAACCCCUUCAACGGGAACUUCAAAGAGGACUUCUACGGCGCAAGUUAUGACCGCCUUGUUGAGAUCAAGCAGGAAUACGACCCGACCGAUAGCCUCUACGUCCUUUCAGGGGUUGGUAGUGACAAGUGGCAGUACGAUUUAAACAGCGGGAUGCUUUGUGCUGAAGAUUAA